UAUAAAACAGCUGAGCAUUCACCUACACUGUAUAUCACUUUGAAAAUGACUGUUAGAAUUCCCUUAGAAUUGCCCGCAGCCUCCACAGGCCACUCAGCUCCCUAUCCGCUAGUCAAGGGUUUGGACUAUGAGUACCCAAUUCCCGAAGGUGUUGUCGGAUCUGCAAAAGAGUUGACAGACAAAACGCCCAAGAUGUUUCAACCUCUCAAAGUUGGAAACAUGGUGCUUCCCAACCGAGUGGGAGUCUCCCCCAUGUGUCAAUAUACUGCCAGUAACAAUGAGGCCACCGAAUAUCAUAAAGUUCACUACGGUGCUUUGAGUAGCAGAGGUCCAGGGCUAGUGAUGCUUGAAGUCAACCUGGUAGCACCGCAUACCGGUGUUUCGGUGGUUGAUUUAGGUCUCUGGAACGACGUCCAGGCUGUCAAGCUCAAACCGAUUGUGGACUUUGCCCAUGCCAAUACCAGUAAGAUUGGUCUUCAAAUUGGCCAUGGUGGUAGAAAGGCCCAGGGUAAUCCGCCGUUUGAAUACUUGGAAAACUGGAACGACCCUAGAGCCAUUAAAGAGGAAGUGGUGGGUCCUUCUGCUGUUCCUUUCAGACCCAAAGGAAGGCUCCCUACUCCAACGCCCUUGACAGUGGAAGAAAUCAACACCAUUAUCAAACAGUUUGGAGCUGCUGCGAAGAGAGCUGUUGAGAUCUCGGGGUUCGACUUUGUUGAGAUCCAUGGAGCCCACGGAUACUUACUUGGUCUGUUCUUAUCUGCGCAUUCGAACAAGAGAACCGACAAGUAUGGUGGGUCUUUUGAGAAUAGAAUUAGAUUUUUGUUGGAAGUCAUUGACGAAGUCAGAGCCAAUGUUCCUAAGGGUUUCCCGGUGUUGUUGAGAAUUAGUGGUUCUGACCUUCACGACUCCAAUCCCGAUGCUUGGACUACGGCCGACUCGGUGAAGUUGGCACCAAUUGUCGCUGAUAGAGGUAUUGACUUGAUAGAUGUGUCUGCUGGUGCUAACGAUAGUGACGCCGAUAGACCCAAGGAUAAGUUCGGAAAGUUUUUGCCCAUUGCUGCUGCCGUGAAGAAGGCCGUUGGUGAUAAGUGUUUGGUCAGUAGUGUGGGUACUUUGCACGAUGCUAAGAAGGUCAAUCAAUUGCUUGAAGACGGCGUUAUUGACUUCGCGUUCGUGGGAUCUCCAUUUUUGAUUAACCCGGGUUUGGUGCUUAGUUGGGCUCAAGAAUUGGAUGUGAGCGUGUAUCAAAUUGCUUCUCACUGGCCAUUCCAUGCUAAAUAUGCUGAAAUGAUCGAGUACAUCAAAUCUACAAAGCUUUAGAAUUGGUAGGGAUUUAUAGAAUUAUAGAGUCAAAUAAGUUGUUUUAUUGGCGUUAGUCACCAGCGGUUCCUAACUGGAAGCAUGUCUGUGAGUUUUUGCUUUUUCGUCCUGUUGGAGGCUUAAUGCGCUUUUAGAAUUUGCAACCACAGUUGCGACAUGAAUUAUGGUGAAAUUAUAUAAAUUAGAGUUUGCAACCACAAUUGCGACAUGAAUUAUCGUGAAGUUAUAUAAAUUAAACAUCCACUUAAAGUAAAACUCAACUAAGAAUUAUGACCCAAUCAAAGAAACCGAACUUUAUAAUCAUUGUAGCCGACGACUUGGGGUUCACCGACACAUCUCCUUUUGGGGGGGAAAUAGAUACUCCAAACUUGAAACAAUUGGCUGAUAAUGGCUUAAGAUUUACCGAUUUCCAUACCGCUUCUGCUUGUUCUCCUACACGGUCAAUGUUAUUGUCUGGAACAGACAACCACAUCGCUGGGUUGGGUCAGAUGGCUGAGUAUACCAGAAUUUACCCCGAAAAAUUUGAAGGAAAACCAGGAUAUGAAGGGUACUUGAACUUUAGAGUGGCUGCGCUCUCGGAAAUAUUGCAGGACAACGGUUACUACAACUUCCAAUCUGGAAAAUGGCACUUAGGAUUGACUCCCGAGUACUGGCCUUCCAAAAGAGGGUUUGAAAAAACCUUCACGUUGCUUCCAGGUGCUGGUAACCACUAUAAGUAUUUCCCCAGGGAUGAAAAUGGUGAUUAUAUCAAGUUCUUGCCGCCUAUAUUCCAAAAAGAUGACGAGCACUUCGAUCCAGAAGAUCUUCCUGAAGAUUACUACAGUAGUGACUACUUUACGGACAGAUUCAUCGAGUACUUGAAUAACGAUGAUAUCCGUGGCGAUCGGCCUUUCUUUGGGUUUUUGACAUACACAGCGCCUCAUUGGCCUUUUCAAGCUCCACCAGAAGUUAUUCAAAAAUAUGCUGGAGUGUACGAUGAUGGUCCUGCUGAGUUGAGAAUUCAACGGUUAAAGAGUGCAAUUAAGCUCGGGUUAGUCCCUGAAGGGGUUGAAGCUCACCAGGUUGAAACACAACGUCAAAAAGCAUGGAAGGACUUGUCUGACGAAGAGAAAAAGAUCGAGUCGCAGAUCAUGGAAGUGUUUGCUGCCAUGGUGGAUAACUUGGACAGUAAUGUUGGCAGGGUCAUUAAAGAAUUGGAAGCCAAGGAUGAGUUGGAAAAUACCUUCAUCUUGUUCAUGUCGGAUAAUGGAGCUGAAGGAAUGUUGUUGGAAGCAUUGCCAAUGUCUUAUCAGAAUUUCCAAGCCACUGUAAGUGAAUACUACAAUAAUUCUCCAGACAACAUUGGAGGCAAAGAUUCUUUCUUCCACUAUUCUGACCAAUGGGCCCAAGCUGCCACUGCCCCUUCUUAUAUGUACAAAAUGUGGGCUACUGAAGGAGGCAUCAGAUGUCCUUUAAUUAUUCAUCACCCUGAGCUUAUCAAAAAGCCUGCCAUCAAAAAUGGAUUUACCACUGUUAUGGAUAUUCUCCCUACCGUUUUGGAGGUAGCAGGUAUACCACAUCCUGGAAGUCAGUUCCGUGGUAGAGAAGUUGUGCCUGUCAGAGGAAAAUCAUGGUUGUCUUACUUGAAAGGAAACCAGGACUUUGUCCAUUCUGAGGACACAGUUACCGGAUGGGAGUUAUUUGCUCAGCAAGCCAUUCGGAAAGGUGCCUUUAAAGCGUUAUAUAUUCCCAAACCAUUGGGACCUGAUAAAUGGCAGCUAUUCAACCUUAGAGAUGACCCUGGAGAAACAAAGGAUCUUGCAGAACAAAACCCCGACAAGUUGCAAGAGCUCUUGGAGCAUUGGGCGGAAUAUGUGGCCGAAACUGGGCUUAUUGAAAUUGGCGGCGACUUUAAAGCUCACUACAAGACCCUCGCCAUCUAAACUCAAUUUUGCGUAAUACUAAUCGAAAUUUGUUUAUACAGAAAGGGAAUAUAUAAUAAGGUAAAGUGUCCUUGGGCCUUAAAUGGCUAAGCUAGAAAGUUUGGGAAAUUGUCAUAGGGAAUCAUUAAAAAUUAAAAGCAAACAUUGGUUGAAGUCCAAUGGCGAAAAACAGGGUGUCAUAAAGGGGAACACUCAAACUAAAAUAAAUGAAAACAAUCCAAUAACAACCAUUAUCCAUGAUUUGGAGAUACUAGAAGCUCCAGAGUUACUGGAUUCAGCACUGGGGACGGCGGUUCCUGUCGCUGACACAGAUCCAGUAGCAAGGGUUCCUGUGGCACCCCCAGCAGCACCAAUGCUUUCUCCAGUAAUAGUAGCAGCAACGCUUUCACCAGCUUCAGUAGGGGCAAUACUUCCACCAGCAACUGUAACACUUGUGUCGAGGAUGGUGGUACUAUAAACUUGACCAGCAGAGUUUUUAGUGACGCUAACCGCACAGGGAACGGUAACUGUGACACUGUCGAUUUCAGUUACAAUGGUGGUCAGGUAUCCCUUGCACACGUCACAUUCCCCGGAGGUAUGGGUAUAGGUAACAGUUUCCCCCGCGGUGUUUGUCGUAACUUCCACAUCACAAGGGACCGUCAACGUAACACUGUCAAUUUCAGUGACCACGGUAGUCUCGUAAUGGGAACACACUGGACAAGCUUCAGUCGCGGUAACGGCUUGCGAGUUGGUAACUGUUACACAAGCACCUUUAACACAGAUAGUAGAAACAGUGGCUUCGUUAAUAAUUGAAGAUUCGGUUAUAAGGUUACCUUCAGAGUCGGUAGUAACG